AUGGCUGCCGGACAGGACGUGGUUAUCCAUGCCCAAACGGGAUCAGGGAAGACGCUUGCUUAUCUCCUUCCGGCUCUAACAUCCAUUGAACCGAAGCGUUCAUCCGUCCAGAUAUUGGUCAUUGUCCCUACUCAGGAAUUGGGGAUGCAGGUUUACAGGCUCUUGAGAAGCCUUGUAUCUCUGUAUCCACAACUUAGCACAAACGAUGACGACGGAACUGAUCCUGAGAAUGAAGCAGAUUCAGGAACGGAAGUCGAGAGCAAAAAGCACAAUGUAUCAUUUCCGGUCCUCGCAAUGUUGGACCAGGCAGACUUCCGUCGCCAGAAGCUGCAGUUGCGACAAGUCGCUCCGCGCGUUAUAGUUGGGAAUCCACUUCGUGUUGCUCAGCUUGUCGACAGCGGACGGUUACGCCUGGAUCUUUUGAAGGUUCUAGUUGUCGACGAGUUUGACGCAUGCCUGCUUGAUACCACGACCACGAAUGCACUUCAGACUAUCUUGUCAGUAAGGGGACGCGAGCGACCAAGACAGACAAUCCUUGCGAGUGCCACCGUCCCGCAACAUCGCCAUUUCCUUAGGCAGUGCGUCAGACAACGUUGGACGAGACCGGACAUAAAACAUAUUUGGGUUGAGGAGAAAAGCAACGAACGAGUCCCGGCGUCACUAAAGCAUUGGUACGCGUUGUGUGACGGCAGCAAAAAGCUUGCAGCGCUUCGUACAUUGCUUAUUCGAUUCAAUAAGGAGCUGUCAAACGGUGCUACAGGAGGCCUAAGUAUCAGGGCCAUGGUCUUCGUUAUGCCUUCCAGAGAGAUCGAUGAUAUCGUGGACGCAUUGAAUCAUAGUUUCGACAAAUACUUCGGGGUAGAAGAAGGGAAGCUUGUCGUUGGACUUAGCAACAACUUGGCCAUUAUUCAUCGCAGGCAAGCAAUGAAGCGGUUCAGGGAUGGAGACGCAAAAGUGCUCAUCGCAACGGAUGUCGCGGCUAGGGGUUUAGAUAUUCCGGAUGUCUCGCAUGUAUUUCACCUAGACUUACCCACAGAUCCAGACUCGUACCUCCAUCGCUCGGGACGAACGGGCCGACAAGGUCGCCCGGGAAGUUCUGUUGUAUUGGUAACGCCUGGAGAGCAAUUUGUGAUCAGUCGCACAGGAAAUGCACUGGGUAUCGAUUUCCACAGGGUGGAAAAGUAG